AUGACAGGACAAAGCUCGAUGGAAACAUCACAUCUAUCUCAUCAACAAGAUUUAAUUGACCCGAGUUCGCAUCCAAACGGGAGACAGGACAGGAGUUUGAGACGAAGAACAUAUACAGAGAGCAUCUUCGUGCAGUGCGAACCAACUACGAUGUGCAACGGACAUUCAACUCGGGUAAGCCAAGGCGGCUCAAUUGCUGUUCUUCGACCUACAUCACAUUUCGCGCGGCUACAACCUGAAGAAGAGAUGCUCUUGUUAUUCAGCAAUCAGUUUUCCAAUCCAGGAACAAGCGUCGAGAUCCAAGGUUGGUCUGAAGAAGAAGCACAAGACCAACAUUGGGUAGUCAUCCAUCGUGAUGGAGAUUUAUCACAACCUGUUAGAGACACAUCGAAUCCGCUGUACUCUUUUUCCUUGGGAACAAGACCAAAGAUUGUAGAGUUGCCACAGCGAUUGGACCUGGGUGUUGGCGAUGCUGGAAUCAUCGGUCGCAGAGUCUCGGUCAUGAUGGGGUCGAUUCAGGGACCACUGACUGUUGCCGAAGGCAUUAUUGGCUGGAAUUGA